AUGGGUAACGCCGUGGAUCUGGGGAUGGAGGCCCCGAAGCCCCAAAAGAAGGGGCGGACUUCCAGCAUGGUCCUGGUCGUGGGGCACAUCCGGACAGCUGACAAGAAUCUGCCGGAUGGAGUGCAAGAGCGCCGUGUCGAGGUUUGGGUACAGGCUGACCCAGAUGCCACCAUUGGUUGGGUCCUGAGUCGAGUCAUUGAGGAGUUGGCCCGCAAGGAGCCUGAUGCUCCAUCCAUCGUUGGCCUUCGAGUGAUGAAGGGCGGCGCAAAGAAAGAUGGGGAUGGGAGUGUGCGCGGCAGCUCACAAGCGAGGAGACAGGGCUAUGGUGCUUCACCUGCAGCUGCACUGGCUGGAAGGAACUGCGGCUACGGAGCUUCUGCUCCCAGUGAUCGACAGCCAGAUGACGAUUACGGAAACUUGGAGGAAGAGAUGCUGGUGGACUAUGGCCUGGCAGUGUUGGAAGUGUUAGAGGAAGGAGAUUCUUUAGAGGUGAUUUUUGAGGUGCAGGCGCCUACGAGAGUGGCCAAGGAGACGAUCCAAGAAGCUGGUGUUUCCGUGGGCGACUUCAAGACCAUCCGCGUCUUGGGCACUGGUGCCUCCUGUCGAGUAGUACAGGUUCGACAUAAACUCACUGGCAAGGAGUAUGCUGUGAAGGUGCUGAGCAAGCGGAAACUGGUGACCCAUGACAAGAAGCUGGAGCGUGCCAUCGCUGAAAAGCGCGUGCUUGCACGGUUACAGCAUCCGUUCGUGGUGCAGAUGCACUGGGCCUUCCAAACACAAGGGCACAGGCAGCUGAAUCAACAGAUUCUUUGCUAUGAGAAGCUCUCCCAACUUCAUCAGGCUCGUGCUCCAGUGCCGCCAUCUGGACCAGAUUUGCUGAAUGGUGAAGCUCCUCAAAAGAUUGAGCGGAAGGGCGUCGAGCUCUUGGCGAAGCUCGGUGCGCCAGGUGCGCCAGGUAGCGGCGCGGCCCUGUCGGCGCAGCAGCUGGCGCUGGCGAGUCUCUCUGCGCAGCUGAAGGUCUGCGAAGAGACGUUGAGUCAGGAGGUGGCCACCUUGGAAGCCAAAGCCAAACCGGCCAAGGAGUCCAAGGCACCUGCGGCACCGGCGCCUGUGAGCUGCCCCAUGGGACCGGUGGCACCCAUGGCACCGGUGGCACCGAGGAGCGAGCGUGAACUUUUGAAGCAGAUGCUGCGGAGGAACGAGGUCUUCAAGAUUCGGUUCCUCAUGCGCCGCGACGGAUUUCACCACUACGAUUUGAAGAACCUGAGAAGUGAGCUAUGA